AUGUAUGCAGCACGCACAGCCAGGUCACGAAAAACACGGACUGAACUUGAAAUUGAAAAGCAUCGUGCGGAGGGCAACUUGAACAAGGCUCUUGAGCUUGCCUGUGCAUUCAAAAACGAACGUAGUGGUUUGAAUGCUUGCCUCUACAACCUGGUUUUCUGUGAGAAUCGGCUGAAACUCUCGGAAAAAACAUUUACCUACGCUAUCGACUUUAAGGAAGUUGAAACAGCUGUAGAAGUUGCUCUUCGAAACGCGGACGAUCAAUACAGAUAUGAAGCGACCAUUCUAAAGGCCAAAAUUGCCUUUAUUCAAGAACAAUAUGCGAAGGUUGUAGAACUACUUACCACUGGUGGUAUAGAUCUUAGUAAAGUGCGAGUUGAGACUUAUGCCUCGCGGUUCGCGUGCCUCCUAUCCGAAGGUUUUGCUAUGUUAGGAAUCUCGAAAGAGCGCCUAAUAUCUGGUCGACUAACACAGGAAGCAGACGAAAAUGCCGCUGAUGUAAUAUACGAAUACUAUGAGUUGGCAGGGAGCAUCUGUAUUCGAUACUUACAGGAAGUGGAACCGAAUCUUCCUGAAAGUCUCCAGCCCAUUGGUUUACCCAAAUCAGUUGAUACUGCCAUCAAGCAACAAGUUAUCUGCUCCUUUCAAAAGAAUGAUUUGUCUGGUGCCGUGCAGAAAUUCCGUUCACUCCUUCGCUACGUUGAGACACCUUCGACAAAACCAAUUCGACAGUCUCUGGCUCGUCAGUUGGCUGAACUCCUCCUUCGUGUUGUGUGCACCGGAAAGUAUCAGAAAUACCUAACUUCUACUGAACGUGACGUGAUCGGCAAACCCCGGCGUUAUCCCGUGGAUUCAUACAUUCCGGAUGAUCAACUUCAAGAGGCUAUCCUGAUGCUUCUUAUCUCUGAAUACAUUGCAAGUCGUCUAACCGAGGAGAGAAUAAAAACGGUGAAAGAAACGGUUGCCAUCUACGACCUCCUAGCCAUUGCCUUGACAUUGGAACACGCCCUGAAGUUUUCAUAUGAAGAAUUUCAAAUCUGGUACCAGUUCGCCCUUUCACUAAUAGCUUCUCAGAAGUAUUACCGAGCCUACCUGAUUCUUCGUGAAUGCCAACGCAUUGAUCCCGAAAAGCCCUCCAUUUACUUGCUCGCAAGCUCCCUUUGUUUGGGCCACCUGCACUUGAUAGAGGAGGGCAUUCUCUUUGCUGCGAGCGGUGUCAAAGUCUCAAACAAAGCCGGUGACACCUAUUUAUGUGCAAGGUGUCAUCUGAUGCUUGGUUGGGGUUACUCUCUCUCAGCGAGAGAAUAUCGCAUGUUGCCGCGUAAAACCGAACUCCAACGUCUUGCGAUCGAGGAAUACACAGCCGCAACAAAGUCGGAUCCAGACGACUAUCUCACCUGGUACCACCUUGGAGUAGAACUGGCUGUCAAGAGGGACAUUGAGGCGGCCAUGAAGGCCUGUCAGCAGUCCAUCCUGUUGGCUCCUACUCAACCCGAGACAAUUCGUCUCCUUGCACUCCUUCACACCGCCUCGGCCUCUUUGACGUCGACCACACCAUCUGGCGGAGGACGACAAAUGUAUUUGCAUCAAGCGGUAAAAACGCUCCACAGUGGGCUGACCGACAGACCCCACGACUUCGCUCUUUUAUUCACACUGGCUAAAGUUGAAGCGGAACUGCAUGGACCGGAGGCAGGCCUCAAAAUUUACAUGCAUCUCAUUGACACGUGGUGUGAUUGCUUCCCUCAAUUUCAAGGUCAACGGCAUGACAGCGGCUUCGCCUGCCUGGAGAGAUUGCGGAGUACAGCAACAGUUCCAAGCGAAAGCUCGGAGGUAGAAUUUAACCUUGCGAACGAUGGCUCCACAGACUGCGACCGUAUCGCACUGCUCCCACCAAAUCGGUUGGAGGCUAUUCUCGCUGAGCUGGCUGCCGGAGGUGGCAGCAACAUCGCGCAAAACGGUUCUCCAACGCAGCCUCCAACCACCACGUCUUUUUCGGGUGCAGUUGGUGUUGCCGUCAAUCCUCUGAGCCUGCUCGCUAAAAUCCUCGGUUGCAUGGCGCAGUAUGAACCAGCUUUUCCUCAUGCUGCGGUCAUCCACCUGGAGGGCUCAGUAGGGUAUCAGGACCUGAUGCAACAGGACCGUGACAUCGGUCCCACUUACUGCUGCUGA